AUGAGUAUAAUGCUUCUAGAUCACGCUAGCUUCCUUGAUAAGAAUCAUUUUUAUCUUGUCACUAGUGCUGAAUAUCAUGUUUGUAUGAACUUGGAUUUGCUCACUGACUACAGACCUCUCGCAACUCCCAAGCAACCCAGUGAUCCUUUCUCUGAAGGGAAUAUCCGAGGAUGGGGAACCUUGAAGUUAAUGACUGAAGACGGGAGGAUCAUUACCAUCCCGAAAGUUGCUUACAUUCCCGAAUCAAGAAAUAAUCAGCUCAACCCUUUGAGUUUAACAAGCAAUGGAAAUGACCAUGUCUUAUUCCAUUCAUCAGGUGUUAGGCACAUGGGCUUAGGUGAGAUUGGUGUCCAUGAACGAUCCACCACUAGACUAUAUAGGUUGACGUUACCAAUUAUUCGUCCAGAGACUAGAAUCCCAAAGCUAAAUCCGAUUGAUAAGGAUGCCUUUUAUCUACUCGAUGAUGCUAUCAUGAAUAUUACCAGGGAUUGGACUAUGCUUCACAACUAUAAGGCAUCAAGCGCCAAAAAGUAUGUUGGAAUAUCGGAUACUAUAAAUGACGAAAUUCUAGGAUAUGGGGACUUGUGGUUGCGUAUUGGUAGUACAGGUAUUAAAAUUCUGAAUAUUGCUUAUGUUCCCGGCUUUAAAUGGAAUCUUCUCGACACUAAUGAAUUAUUGCCUAUUCUCGCUGAGUGUAUUCUGACAGGGAAAUGUACUGAAGUUCCUCAUACAUGUCAGGGUCAUGCUGGAAACCAUGGAUGUCCCCCACAAAAGUCCUUCCACGGUUCAUGGAAGAAUGAAUGGCGUUCCGAGCAUUGUAUUUCUGAUAAACCGAUAAAGGCACUAGCUACCGCAAUUUCCAAAUUGAAUGGCGACCCAGAAGAAUUAUAUCCUGGACGGGUCAGAGAUUUCCGCAAGAGGUAUAAUGAUACCAUUGAAUCAGAUUCCGAGACAGAUCGUGUAUCUGUAGCAUUUAAGUCGAUAACUCUUUAG